AUGGCCAAACUGCUGAUCCUUGCUGGGCUGGUCCUCCUGCUGCGGCUGGGUAAGUGUCCCAUGUGUGGGUGGGGGCUGCAGGGUAUGGAUUGGGAGACAUUAGCCAGGGCAGGGCCCGUCUCUUACUUCCCGGCCAUUCCAGAUGCAGCAACCAAAAUUGUCUGCUACUUCACCAACUGGAGCCAGUACCUCCCUGGGAUUUCCCACUACAUGCCUGAGAAUGUGGACCCCUGUCUCUGCGCGCACAUCAUCUAUGCCUUUGCUGGCAUGGCCAACAACUAGAUCAAAACCAUCGAGUGGGAUGAUGAGGCCUUCUAUGCCGGCAUCAAUAGCCUUAAGAACUACAACACAGAACUGAAAACCCUGCUGUCUGUUGGUGGCUGGAACUUUGGAACCCAGGGAUUCUCCAACAUGGUUGCCACUGCAGAGAACUGCCAGACCUUCAUCCAGUCGGCCAUACAGUUUCUGAGGAAGUACCACUUCGACGGGCUGGACAUAGAUUGGGAGUAUCCAGGCAACCGUGGCAGCCCAGCUGACACCCAGCAGCUCUUCACUGUCCUGCUGAAGGAAAUGUAUGAGGCUUUUGAGCAGGAGGCCACCCAGAGGAAUGAUCCCAGAUUGCUGAUUUCUGCUGCUGUGUCAGCUGGCAAAGGUAUCAUUGAGACUGCCUACCAGAUCCCCAAGAUGUCUAAGUACAUGGACCUCAUCAAUGUGAUGACCUAUGACCUAAGGGACUCCUGGGAGGGCUUCACAGGAGAGGACAGGCCCCUGUUUGCAGGACCCAAUGACCAGGGAGACUACAAAUACUUUAAUGUGGAUUAUGCGAUGAGCUACUGGAAGAGCCAUGGUGCCCCUGCUGAGAAGCUGAUGGUGGGCUUUGGGCCAUAUGCCCGUACCUUCACUCUCACUAAUCCUGCCAACCAUGGCCUGGAUGCUCCCACCUCCGGCCCCGGGACCGCUGGGCCCUAUACUCGGGAGGCUGGGACUCUUGCCUACCUUGAGACGGGGAAACUGGCAGAGACGCUAAGAGACCUGACUAAGGUCAAACAGCUUGAAAACGCAUUCCAAAGCUGGCUGUCUGGCUCUGGGGUCCAGGACUUGAACUCAACCUCUGUGCUGCGCUUUGGCCCAGCUGCAAGUGGGCUUCAUUCCCAGCCUGGGCGCCGGCCUGUGGAUCUCAGGACAGAGGGGAAGGCUGCGUGUCACAACUCAAGUGGCACCACCCAAAGUUUUAAGAACCCUCUGUGA